UUUACGUCGUCUCUCUCAGUUGGAGGCUGCGCAGUAACUCUCAGCCCUCUACGGAAAAAUGCUUCUAAUAUCCUUCACUGGUCUCAGUCCAGAGCAACGGGAUCUGUUGGUCCAUUCUUAUAUACUGCCUAUUCUAUGGCGCCGUGCCGCGCUACGCGCUAAAGAGGGAGAGGUGCCAAUUUUCAUCCCUUCUGAAGAGUGUCAUCCAACAGGAGUUUUACUGGCGGAUAAACGAUUUGUAAAGGCAAGAAAGAGGUCGCAAGCAGCGGUAAGAAGUGGUGCUGCAAGAGGACACAGACCUGUACCAAUCCUGGAGGAACUUUCAUGGUUGAGCAAUUUUGUGAAACACAGGCCGACAGAAACAAAUGUUGAGACAUGCAGCCCAGCGAUCAAGGCUUCACAGAUGUGUGGCCCAGCAUCUCUAACACUUUGUGGUCCAUCAGAGAUGGAAGCCUGCGCCACAGAUUCCACCGAAUUGAUGAGGUCCUCCUCACCGUGCCAGUCGACCCCACCACCCCUCGCUAUCCCAGUUUCCCACAUCGCCCAUGCUGUUCCGACAGCGGUGGCAUCCGCAUCAUCUCUCUCUGUGUACCCCAAGAAGGAGGAAGAGACGGAUGGCACACGACGACUCUGUGGUGGCAGCACAUCUGGCAUAGCUCAAGGAGCACAGGAAGAAGAUGUGGACUGAAUUCAAGGAGAGCCAGGAGACGUUUUCACAGCUUGUGACGUCUCCUAUGGGAUGCUUUUUCAAAGUCCUUGUGGACAUAAUGGAGAAUGUCAAUCCACAGGUUCAUGAGAGGCUCAAGCAGAAACUGUACCAGAUGAUGUUUGAGCACACCCAGCAGCUCCCGCGAUGAAUGUCACAUUUCGAAUGCAGAUUUGAAUGCACCUUAUUGCUAAUGAUAUACCUUUUAUAGUCCUACUAUCAUUUAGCACAUUUUAUAAGCCUUCUUUCUUUAUAUUUUCUACUUUAUUGUGUAUAUUUUAAAGUCAUUAUUAUAUUGUUAUG